CAUGGUUACCGUCUUUCUAUCCUCCUACAAAACCCAUUCAAGUCCGACGGCGCACGCUACCUAACAGAUCAUGCCCACAUCACCAGUCCACAUCUCGUUACCUUUACAUUCUCCAUUCUAGACCUCUUUUCCGGGUCUCUUAGAUCAUGACCUCGGAGCCCGACUUCCAACUCAAGCAUACUAGCGUUAGCCAGCCACGACUUUCCCAUUCCCACUCACAACAGAGCCUCGCCGCCUCGCAAGCCGCCAGUGAAGGCUACUACUCGCUCACCGGUUCCGACUUCACUUCCUCUACGUCCAGCGGCGACGACCCAAACCGCCGACGCCUUCGCUACCAGACCCCGCCUUCACACGCCCGCACCCCCGCCGCAAGUCAUGAGCAGCUGCAUUUGCAGCAACACCACCCCGAUCACCAACAGCCCUUGACAUCGUCCCUCAGAGGAGUUGGCGUACCUCGUCAAACACCUGCGAGCGACCGUCCUGUUUCUACCAUAGUAGAGGAGAGGGAGAGACCCGCCGCCAUGGACUCUGCUUCUUCCGUGGCCACCACACCGGGCCAGGACACAACACCAUACAUUCGCUUUGCCAUUGACCAGCUCACCCGCGAUGAGGAGGUCCGCGGGAGUCGCGCAUACCCUCUAGACGACCAAGCCCAGCAGCCCACCCAGUACAGUCCUCAAGAAGAUGAAGAGGAAUACCCCGUCGAGCGGAUUGUGUCCGAUGACAGCCUGGGUUACAUGAAGAAGCAGCAACAAACACAACAGAGACUCUCGCAGUUCCAACCUCAAAAGUCACUCCCAAAACACACUCCGAACCCUAGCCGGGACUCGAUUGCUCAUUCAAGACACAACCAUCCCAUGCCUGUUCAAAAACAAUCACAACAGGAUGUCUUCAUCGCUCAUUCGGCACCUCGCGGCCAGCUCAAUUUUCUGCCCACCGUGCUACGGCCGCUCUGGCUCGCCAUUUUCACCUUCUUGUGCAUACUCAUGCUCGCCGCCCUUGUCGUCUGCGGUGUCUUCUCCAUAACUGGGGACAGCAAUGGGCUGUUAGCUUAUCUUCGUUUCGGCGAUAGUCGCUACUUUGUCUUCCGAUAUCUGCCCACAAUAAUAGGAGCUCUUCUCUAUCUGUGGCUAAUUCAAGUUCAGGUGGCUCUGCAGAGAAUGGUGCCGUUCAUCUCCAUGUCAUCCAACCAACACCGCAAGCGAUCCGAAGCCUUGUUCCUCCCUCUGCACUCGAUGCAGUUCCUAGCCCCCAGGCUCGAACACUUUAAAGCUGGCCAGCCCUUGAUCGGAGUCUGCUUCGUCAUCUUCUGGCUGUUCUCCUGGACAGUCCCACUUCUCGCAGCCUGCUUCAAUGUACGAUACGACAUUGAAGGGAGCUCGUGGCGAUGGACUGCCGUGCAGGGCGUCGUCUGGGCGACGGUCGUGCUGUAUGCUCUUUUGGUGAUAGCACUACUUUCGCUCUUCUUCGUCAUGCGCAGCGAAACCGGGUUGAAGUGGGAUCCUCGAUCGCUGGCGGACAUCAUCGUGCUGCUGGAGCGUUCGAAUGUCGUCAAUGACUUUGCUGGGGCCGAGACAUUCGAAAAGAAAGACUGGCAGUACUUGAAGGGCCGACCAGGUAGAAUCGGGCACUGGUCCACGACCCGCCGACCCAAGGAUGUCUUUCACGGACUCGGCGAAGAGGGUGAACCUGCUCGCAGAUACUCCGUUGAAGAUGGCUGGAUCAGGGAGAAAGGCUCCAAUCCCGAGCCCAUCAAGUCGGAAAAGAACAGUGCUCGUCCCAACGACUUCUCCAUUCGUAUGGACAUCCGCAGCCCUGCAGUCCGCUUGCGAUAUCUUCCUUGGUACUUGCGGAAUGUUCCAGUUUUCAUCUGGAUCAUGACGGCUUUGGUCCUCUUGGUGGCUUUCCUUGUCGUCAGUUUCCUCAAUGAUGCCGUGCGUAUCGGCUUCCUUCCCCAAGUCUUUGCGCGCACCAAUGCAGGUGGCUUCUCUGCCUCGAACUUCUUGUACAGCUUUGUGCCCGCAUUGAUCGGACACCUUCUCUUCCUCAUCGUUCUAUCAUUCGACUAUAGUCUCCGCGUCUUGCGGCCUUAUAUGUCGCUCUCAUCGAAAGGAGGGGCCACCGCCGAAGCCUCGCUCCUGGUGGACUACGCCAGCCGCUUCCCACUGUCGGCCACCUUCGCCGCCCUAGAGAACCAGCACUACCAGAACGCGAUCCUCUCACUCAUCUCGCUAUGCUCCAUCGCACUCCCUAUCCUCGCUGGGGGCUGCUUCUGGUCUCAAUGGUACUCGGAGGCGGAUAUUGUACGCGUAACAGCAGACCUACCCGGAUACUACGCACUUUGCUUCUUCCUCGCUCUUUACGCACUGAGUCUGACCGCUCUAUGGCCGAGCCGCCACCGCGCUGCCCUUCCUCACGCAAGCAACACCCUCGCUGAAAUCAUCAGCUGGCUCUAUCAAAGCCCUGUUCUCGCCGACCGCUCCUUCAACCGGCCGAAAACCAAACCCGAGCUCGUCGCCCGCCUCAUGGGGUCUGCUUACCUUGAGCGCACGUGGGCGCAGUCGCUGUCGUCUCUCGUUCGGCCCAGUCGCGAUAACCUCCGUGCUGUGUCGACAGAGAAGAAGCAUACUAGCGCUGAUACACAUGACUCGGCUGUAGAGCCCGGGAAGCUCAAGUAUGGGUUCGGCAUACAUGUCGGGCGCGAUGGCCAGGAGCAUCUUGGAAUUGAUCGCGUGCAUCGCGGUGGUGGAAGGAGUGGGCGUGAGCUUGUUAUCUGGGAAGAACAGAAUCGUAAAAGUUGGGUUGGGUCCGCUGCGUGA